AUGAGGAUCAGGCGGAGGCCACAGCCGUCCUCCCUGCAGGCGGCGGCGGGCUCAGAUCUGGCCGCCGCAUCCACCGCGCCGCAGACCCCGCUGAAUGCCGCCGCGAGGAACCGUGGUGGGUGGCUGUUGGCUGCAGGCGGCGAGGAUGAGGAUCGCGAGGCGAAGCUGCUGCAUGCGAAUAGUGCGGAUCUUGUUCUCGGGCAGAAAUCUGGAGUGGCCAGGCGCCUCGCAUUGCCCCUGCAGGACGACAAUGUGGUGGUGGAUUGCGGCAGGAGCAGCAUGGGUGGUGCACAGCGUGGAGGAGCUGAUGAUGAUGAUGGCCGCAUGAGAUUCAGUGCGGCGAAUGGCCAUGGCGGCUCGGAGCACAAGGACGGCGGGGCGACGUGCACCGGUGUCGUCGGUGCUAGGUACGAGCCGGCGGUGGUGGUGAAGGCGGAGGAACGGGUGACGAGCAAUGGCUUCGUGCAGCAGCCUGCGGUGGCGUCCGUGACCGCGGCGGUCGUCAAGCAGGACGAGGGGAAGAAGCAGCAAGCCACAGGCAACGGCACCGGCGGGGCCAAGAAGCGGCGCGGCCCGGCGGUGCUGCUGGAGGGGUCGCGGUGCAGCCGCGUGAACGGGCGUGGGUGGCGGUGCAGCCAGCCGACGCUGGUCGGCUACUCGCUGUGCGAGCACCACCUCGGCAAGGGACGUAUGAGGAGCGCGGCCGCCGCGGCGCGGGGCGGCGGCGGCGCCGGUGCUGGCGUGGGCCGGCUCGGGCGCACCGAGCACGGGGCCAGGAUCGCAGCGGCGGUGGGCGCGGGCGUUGUCGCUGCUGCAGCGCCGCCGCCCAAGGCCGAGGGGCCGAGCCUGCCGGGCUGCUAG